UUGUGAUAAGUGAGGUAGUUGUUCCCUCCCUCCGAUCGCAGUAGAACUUGUACAAGCCUUUACCACCUCCCAUUUCCAGCCUACAGAUGCCAGGAUCUUGUCCUAAAUCAGCAGAGGGUCUUUUUUGCUCAUCAUCGACAUUUGGACUCAAAGAAGGACGUAUAGUGGAUGUUCAGAGAUUGGAAACAAUGAAAAAGCUGUUUUGAGAUGUUAAUUAAUCAACCAUUAAGUGAAACGAGAAGAGCACCACUGACCCUAAACAUCAGCAAACUAGGACACCUCAGAGUUCAUCUCUAACCUUGUGAAGCAGACAUGGGGAAAGUCUACCAUUUCAGUAAAAACGCUGUCCUUGGGACGCUCGUUCUGGCUGUCACUGCACUCGCUACAAUUAUAGCUCUAUCUGUCGCCUAUCACAAGGAGAGAGCCAAUAACCAAAGUAAGCCUGGAAAUGGAGCAUCAGGUACCAGCAGCACAUCUGCACCCCCCACAACCCCCUUCACACCAAAGGUGCCUUGGGACUAUUAUAGACUUCCAAAAGGCCUCGAACCCGAAUCUUACAAUGUGGUCCUGUGGCCCAGGCUGAAACCCAAUUCAGAUGGCCUUUACAUUUUCACCGGAAAUUCAACUGUGGUCUUCAGAUGUUUAAAGGACACAGACCUAAUCAUUAUCCAUGCCAACAAGCUGAACUUCACCACUUUCGAAGGCAUGCAUGCUAAACUGAGUAGUCUUCAUGAAGAAGCAGUACCUGCCCUGCAGAAGUCUUGGCUCACGGCGAGGACGGAGUAUCUAGUUGUUCAACUGCAGAGCAAAUUAAAAGCAGGAGCAAUGUAUGCUCUUCACACUGAAUUUAUGGGUGAGCUGGCCGAUGACCUGGAAGGAUUCUACAGGAGUGAAUACCUGGAGAACGGUCUAAAGAAGAUUGUUGCAACUUCUCAGAUGCAACCAACAUAUGCCAGGCAAGCAUUUCCAUGCUUUGAUGAACCGGCCAUGAAAGCCAUCUUCAACAUCACCAUCAUCCAUGACCCAGACACAGUGGCUCUGUCCAAUGGCAAGGAAAAGAAUUCUUCGCUCUCUGUCGUCAGUGGUGUUCCUGUCAAAGUUACUACCUUUGAGCCCACAGAGAAAAUGUCCACAUAUCUGUUGGCCUUUAUCGUCAGUGAUUUCAUUUCCAUUGAGUCAAGCACAAGUAACAUUUCGAUCCGAAUCUGGGCUCGAAGAACAGCCAUAGACAAUCGGCAGGGCGACUAUGCUUUAAAUGUUACAAAGCCAAUCCUUCAGUUUUAUGAGAAAUACUACAGUUCAAAUUAUCCACUCUCAAAAUCAGAUCAGAUUGCCCUGCCUGACUUUAACGCUGGAGCGAUGGAAAACUGGGGACUGGUGACAUACAGGGAAACGGCCUUGCUGUAUGACCCCAUGCUUUCCUCCACAGGGAACAAAGAGAGGGUCACAACUGUCAUCGCUCAUGAACUCGCUCACAUGUGGUUUGGAAACUUGGUGACUUUGCACUGGUGGAAUGACUUGUGGCUGAACGAGGGCUUUGCUUCGUAUGUGGAGUACCUCGGAGCUGACUACGCUGAGCCCACCUGGAACAUUAAAGACGACAUCAUUUUGUAUGAUGUGCAGAAGGUGUUAGCUAUUGAUGCCCUGGCCUCAUCUCACCCUCUGUCCCGGAAAGAGGAGGAGGUCAGCAAGCCCGCUGAAAUCAGUGAGAUGUUCAACAGCAUCUCCUACAACAAGGGAGCUGCAGUGCUCAGGAUGCUGUCAGAGUUUCUCACUGAGCCUGUUUUUGCCCGAGGCCUGAGUUCUUACCUCAACACAUUUGCCUUCAAAAACACAGUGUACACAGACCUAUGGGACCAUCUCCAACAGGCAGUAGACAACACACCAGGGUUGGACAUUCCACGUUCUGUCUCUGAGAUAAUGAACCGGUGGACACUUCAGAUGGGCUUCCCAGUGGUCACAGUCGACACCCGAACAGGAACUGUCACCCAGAAGCACUUCCUGCUGGACCCAGACUCUGUAGUGGGCAGACCAUCCCAGUUUAACUAUACAUGGUUUAUUCCAAUUAAAUGGAUGAAAAAUGGUGUGGAUCAGCAACAAUACUGGCUCCUUGACAAGACAGAUACCCAUAGCUCGAUGAGAGUGUCUGGAGAGGAAUGGGUUUUGGCAAACACGAAUGUAUCUGGAUUCUUUAGGGUGAACUAUGAUCUCGACAACUGGGGCCGUCUCCUUUCUCAGCUCAACACCAACCAUCAGGUUUUAUCGGUCAUAAACCGAGCACAGAUCAUUGAUGAUGCAUUCAGCCUGGCAAGAGCAAAACUGAUCAAUACAACUCUAGCGCUGAGAACAACCACAUACCUGUCCAGAGAGAGAGACUACAUCCCGUGGGAAUCAGCCCUUAGAAACUUGGACAACUAUGUUCUCAUAUUUGAUCGCACUGAGGUUUAUGGAGCAUUGCAGGCAUACUUGAAGAAACAAAUCAAGCCACUAUUUGAGCACUUUAGGACACUCACUGCUAACUGGACCAGAGUUCCUGCAGGACACUCUGACCAGUAUAAUCAGAUCAAUGCUCUCAGAAUAGCAUGUGGUGUUGGUGUGGAGGGCUGCAGGGAGCUGAUAAAAUCCUGGUACCGACAGUGGAUGGAAAAUCCAGAUCACAACCAGAUCCAUCCCAACCUGAAAAGCACAGUUUACUGUAAUGCCAUAGCCUUCGGUGGGGUGGAGGAGUGGGACUUUGCCUGGAGAAUGUUUCAAACAGCCUCUCUGGCAUCCGAAGCCUCCAGACUCCGAUCAGCCAUGGCCUGCACCAAAACACCAUGGCUUUUGAACAGGUAUCUGGAGUACACCCUUGACCCAACUAAAAUUCGCAAGCAGGACUCCAUCUCCACCAUCCAGUACAUCGCCCGGAACGUUGUAGGAAUGCCACUGGCUUGGAACUUUGUCAGAGCAAGAUGGAGUUACAUCUUCGAACAGUAUGGACAAGGAUCUUUUUCCUUCACUAAUCUCAUCAGUGGAAUCACAAUGAGAUUUUCCACAGAGUUUGAGCUGCAGGAGCUGAAGAGGUUCAAAGAAGACAAUCUUCAUGUUGGCUUUGGCUCAGCCACCUUGGCCCUGGAGCAAGCCAUAGAAAAAACCACAGCCAACAUCAAAUGGGUGAACGAGAACAAAGCUGAAGUCUUCAAGUGGUUCAUUAAAGAAACCACAUGAGGAACCCAAAAUUUAAUGUGACUCUUCGUCUAUUCAAAGACAAAGUUGAGUAGUCGUGGAGUUGAUGAAUCACAAUAAACACAACAACUAUGACACAAUAAAAACAGAGAGUCACUGUACCUUUAAUUUUUCCGAUAUACUUACCAUUAUUUGCUGAUGAUAACUUUAGGAGCUGUGGAGCAGCUGCUUCUCGACGCCUCGGUCUGUGUUUCUGCUAAAGAUUUCAAUAUUAGACCAUCUUUUACCCACCGACUGAUGGGAAGUGACAACUUUUCAUGUAAACUAGAUUUGAAAGUGAUUCCAAUUAAAGAGUGUUGCCUGCCUAA